AUGUUUCCCCUUCACCUGCUCGCUGUGGACCUUAGCGCUUGAGCUGCUGACCCAUCUGGAGCGCCGCUUUCUUCUCUCUCUCAUCUCCAACAGUACAUCGACCCGAUCGUCCAGUCGACUUUCAACCAGGAUGGCUCGAUCCAAGAGAUUGUCCGGGCACUCUCGACUCGACUCCGCGACUCCAACACGACCGUAAGUAUACGCUCCAGCUGGUCGAGCAUUGUGCAACCACAUUACUCCAGAGACACUCACACUAGAUCCCCUUGGCUUGCAGGUCGCCUUCAAGGCGCUGCUCGUGCUGCACCAGAUGCUACGGUCCGGAGCGCUCGAACCGACGUUCUCCUACCUCGCCUCGUCCUCGGUCACAUCCCAGCUCUCGUCCCACGAAGCGCCCAACAUCUCGGCGUACGGCCAGUACCUUGCUUGCCGAAUCAAAUCUUAUGCGAACCUCAAGCGGGACGUCAUCCGCGACAAAGCCGAUCGUCGCUCCAUGAGCCGGCUUCGGACCCUGACCGUCGAGGGGGGGUUAUUGAGAGAGACGAGAGAGGUCCAGCGCAUGAUUGCCACCUUGGUCGAAAGCAAGGUGAGUCAAGUUCGAAGAGACUCUGUACGAAUAUCGCUGAUCUCGAGAUGCUCUGCUGCAGUUUUACGCCGACGACAUCGACGACGAAGUUUCGAUGACUGCGCUGCGCUUCCUCGUCAAGGAUCUGCUCGUGCUCUUCACCGCCGUCAACGAAGGCGUCAUCAAUGUUCUCGGUGCGUGAACACAGCUUUAGGUCGUUUAUUGCACUCACCUGACGUUGAUAAUGAUUGCGUUGAGCAGAACAUUACUUUGAGAUGAGUCAUGUCGACGCCACGACUGCGCUCAAGAUCUACAAGACCUUCUGCCGAGACACCGAAAAGGUUGUCGCAUACCUUGGGAUCGCCAAGAAGCUGCAGCACGUCACCAACAUCCCCAUUCCCAAUCUCAAGCAUGUGCGUGUGGGAUGUUUUGGCUUCGAAGAUGAGCAGAAAUCCAGAGACUGACUCGCACACCCCCACGCCUCCAUACCAGGCCCCAGUGUCGCUAGUCUCGUCCCUGGAGGAGUACCUCAACGACCCCAACUUUGAGCACAACCGAGAAGAGUACAAGGAGAACAAGCGGAUAGCUGAUGGUAAACCUAGAUGUGGGUUCUCCCUCGGAUUUGCCGACUAGAAGAGCUCAAUGCUGACGAGGCCGAUUGUGCCCUUUCCAGCUUCGUCCAAAGCGCCUGCGACGUCAGCACCAUCCGCCGCCACCGCAUCCACGUCCGCAGCCGCACCCUCUGCUUCCACUUCGUCUGCAACACCGUCAUCGACCGAGGCACCAAAAGCUCCCACGUCCUUCACCGACUUUUUCGAGUCGAUCGAGCAAUCGCAAACGGCCAUGUUCGACCCUUCGACGGGCUCACCGACGCUCAGCUAUUUCCAGCAACAGGCCGUAUUCAACCCCUUCGUGCAGAAUCAAAUGACGGGCAUGCAAUCGCCCUUCGGCAUGGUCCAACCGCAGGUGACGGGCUUUGCCGCGCCGAACCCUUUCAUGCAACCUCAGAUAACGGGUCUCGUGCACCCUCAAAUGACGGGCUACGUCCAGCCGCAGAUGACGGGCAUGGCGCCAAAUCCGUUCCGACAGAGCAUGAUGCCGACAGGACAAUCGCCAUUUGGAGCGUUCGCCGGUGGACAGCCCCAACCUCAAAUAAUGCAGCAGCAAGCAACGGGCAUGCCCUUCACAGCCCAGGGUGGAUCGGGAUUCCUUCAACCGCAAGCGACAGGCGCUGGUCCCUUUGCCAACGGGACUCGACCCAUGAGUGUCAUCACGUCGCAGGCAACCGGCAGUCCGUUUGGUAACACGACCCAGCCCGCAUCGCCCUUCAUGUCGCAAGCCCCGGUGACCGCUUCGUCCCCGUUUGCUCCUCCACAACGAGUGGCUUCGCCUUUCGGCAACGGCGUGUCCUCGCCGUUCAACUCAACCUCCUCGGCACCCGCCACGGCGCCUCUGCAGGCUCAGAAAACAGGAGCCCGGAAUCCGUUCGCCCCCGCACCGGGCUCCGUCCCUUCGCCUAAACAGCCCCCAGGUCCGAGCAUGAAUCAGCUAGCGUACAAUGCCUUUAAUCAGUCGCAGCAAGCCCAGGCCCAACAGCAGCAGCAACAGCAACAGCAGCAACAUCAGCCACAAGCACAGCAAAAUCAACAGAGCGGGUUCGCCAAUGGUACAAAUGGUUCGGCCUUCCAAUCAUCGCAACCUACGGGCUCAUUUUCGACUGUAUUCGGCAACGCGCCAUCAAACCCGACACCUUCGGCCCUGAUCCCGGUCAAGACGGGCAUGAUGGGCAAUAUUGCUUCCGAGUUCGCCUCUUCUUCCUCACCCUUCGGCGCUUCGAGCGGCCAAAAUGCGUCCGGAAGCACGUCAACCACCCAAUUCUCUUCCUCGUCUAACUUCAGCCCCAUCUCGACUUCUAACCCGACACCGUUCUCGACCUUUCCUUCCACUUCGGGUCUUCAAUCCCCUUCUUCACCUCUGACCUCGCAGCCCACCGGCUUCGGAGGCUCAACGAUGCGCGCCUUCCAACCCACUUCGACCUUUGGCAACGACCUCGCCAAAGAAUUUAGCGGGGCCUCAUCGACACCUUUCCAAUCCCAAUCCCAGACCGGGAAUAUUUCCUCCAACUUCUCGACGUCGAAUCAGAACCAGAAUCAAUUCGGAACGAACUCGACCGGUCGUGCCUCCCCUUUCGGCACCUCGAACUCUUCUUCUUCUGCAAUGGCCCCGAUCCAAACCCAAUCGACGGGCUUCAACCCCUUCCGGGGAUCGACACUACCGCCACUCAACUCGCCCUUAUCGGCGCAGAGGACAGGGUUCCAACCCUCGAGCGCGUUCGGAGCGAGUCUCGUGGCGGAGAACCAAGGGCAGGGGCAGGGGCACGGUCAACAAGCUGGUGGUUCAUCGACGAAUGCUUCGUAUAAUCUAAUCUAA